AUGAUUAUGAUAUGACAUGGACAGGAAAUGUUAUAACUUAAUCGUUUGUGAACAACAUAUUGGUUAUCCCAAAAUAUUAAAUUAAAGCAUCGCGAUUCAAAAAACGUUUUUAGCUAGCCAGCUAUCUGGACUUGUUAAAAGAAAAAUUUGGUCCAUGCCAAAAGAUGAUGACAUAAGCGCUCUCUCCAAAAACAAACAUUCAGGAUAAUUUUACUGCUGUUCAAUUAGUUUGUUGAAUUUGGGGGAUUUAGCUUGCUCGCUAGUUACUUAUUUUUAUUUAUUAUAUUAGGAAGCAAUAAGGAAAAUAUGGAUGAUAUGACAGAGAAUGAUGAGGAAUCCACAUCUGCAGAAGAAGAAAUAAAAGAAAAAGAUGUUAAUAAGAUAUUGCAACAUGUUAAACAAGUAAUUCAAACUAGUAAAAUAAACUCUAAUGAUGUUCUAACUCCAAAUAAAACUUUUAACAACACAGAUCAUAACCAUUAUUUUAAGGAGGAAGAUUCCAAUUGUGAGAUCUUGCAAAAUGAAAAAGAAAUGAAUUUUUCUGAUAUUCCUGAAUUUAGCAUUACAGAACUACUAGUUAUAGUACAAGAAUAUGAAAUUUUAAAAGACAAGUAUGAUAAGUUACAAAAGGAUGUUGAGAACUCAUUAAACAAUAAAUUAAAAGGAAAUGUGGUCCAUGAAAAUGUAAAUAAUAAUGACAGCAACUUAGUUGAAGAAAUAAAUUCAUUAAAAUUAGAAAAUGACAGAUUAACUCAACAACUUGAAGAACUUAACUCUAAAAGGAAUGAAGAAAAGGAACUGGCAAAUGCAUUUCAAAAAACUAUAGAAAGAUUAGAGAAACAAGUAUCUGAAGAAAAAGCAGCCUCAAAACAAGCAGUUGAAAAACUAACUGCACAUGAUGCAGCUGCAAAACGUGCAAUCACUGUUUUGCAGAAAGAAAUGGGUACAAGGAUAGAACAGGUUACAAAGAUGUAUGAGGAAUCAGUUGGUGAGAAAGAUGCUUACAUCAUCAAAAUAUCCAAGCUGGAGCAACUACUGGAAGAAUUGCAAAAUAACAAAUCAAAUCAAAAUAAAAAAAUUUCUGAAAACCAAUCAGAAGUUGAAAGUUUGCGAAGUGUAUUAAAAAGUAAGGAUUCUGACUACGUGAAGCUGGUUGCCGAGAACGAAACCCUUGUGAAGGACAUUUCAAAGCUAAAUAAAAAGAUAGAAACCCACAAAGAUGACACAGAAGCUCAGGACAUGAAAGUUAAGUGGGCACAAAACAAGCUAAAGAUAGAAACAGAUGCUCACAAGGAAACUAAAAAACAACUGUCACAGAUUUCACUAAAACUGCAACAAGCAAAGGAAGAGGGAGAUGAAAUUCGACGCAAUUGUCAAGAGAUGAUUGAACGAUAUCAGGGUGAUGAAGAAAUAAAAUCAAUACGUUUAAAUAAAGAACUAGAAGAACAAACAACUUUUUUAAAAAAUAAGGAAAAUGAAAUCGCUAAACAAAAUGAAACGUACAAGCAAAAGGAGAAAGAAUUAGAAAAAGCUUUAUUGGAAGUAACUAAACUUUCUGAAGAAUUAGUUGAUCAAAAAGCUACGGUGGUUCUUCUCGAAACUGAAAAUACAAAUCUGUUAAAAAAUAUAAGCGAGAAAGAUAAAGACUGCGCUGACUACAAAACAAACUUAGAUUUAUUAAAAGAGAAAGUCAAAGAAGUUGCAGAUAUAAGAGAAAAGUUAGUGGAGUGCGAGGAAGAAAUUGUGAAACUAAAAGAACAGAAUAAGUCUUUAGAAGAGCAAGUUGCAGAUUAUGAGGUGGAGGUGACAGAACGCAAAGAUAAACAACAAGAAAUUCUUCUCUAUUCACAAAAUCUAACAGAGAGUAAUGUAUCAUCAAAAGCUAUGGCAACAGACUUGCAGUUUAAGGUUGAUGCACUGCUUGCUGAGAAAUCCGAAUUAAGUGAAAAGCUCAAGGCAAAUGAGAAUAAUUACCAAGUCAAGGUUGAUAGGUUGGACGUAGAGAAAUCAGAGAUGCAACACAAAAUUGAAAGCUUGUUAGAUCAAAUCGAUCAAAAAGCGAAAACAGUAAACGAGUUAUCUGCAUCGUUAGAAGAAGCUCAAGAUGAACUAAAGGUGAUUAGAAAGAAAAAUACUUCCCAAAUGAAGGACUUACAGAGACAAUUGCAUCAAACAACAAGAAAAAUAGAACAACUGGAGUCUGGUUCAAGGAAUGGAUCGUCAGAAAACCUUAGUAUACGAUCACGAACAUCUUCAAACAACUCUUUGGAAAAAGUACACCAUGCUGACUCUCCUCCAAACUCCUCUUCCCCACAGAUGAUUCACGACCCUGUUCUAAUACCUCAAGAUCAUAAUAUAAUUCAACCUAACCGAAAUGGUAGCCGUCCCGUGCACAAUAAUCAAUUCCAAGAGAUCGAAGUCGAUAAAAAAGUGCUCGUUGAUCGCAUUUGUAAGCUACAACGCCUCCAUGCAAAAAAGAACGAGAAAAUCGAGUUCAUGGAGGAACAUAUUAACCAUUUGACUGAGGAUUUACAAAAAAAAUCCAAGAUAAUUCAAUUUUACGUGUACAGAGAAGAGGCUGGUUCUCUCGCUCCUGACCGUUUCGAUAGAAAUAAGGCUGAUUUAAGUCAACACGGAGGCAUAAUGGCGUCCGUGUAUUCUGCGCGGCCUACUGAUAAAGGCAUGACAUUGGAAUUAUCGCUAGAUAUUAACAGAAAAUUGCAAGCAGUGUUGGAAGAUACUAUACUAAAAAAUAUCAUGCUGAAGGAAAAUAUAAACACGCUUGGUAGCGAAAUCGCCAGACUUCAAAAAGAAGUACGGCAAGCGAAAGGUUCUUGAUCGCAUGACUCGACCGGUCCUGAAGACCUUGUUUGAUUUUAUAUGAAAUUCGUGUUGUUUUGUUGUACAUAUCUGUCGUUUUUAUUUUCAAAUUUUCAAAAAUUUCAUUAUAAUACGAUGUACGAUAAUUGAACUAUUUUUUUAACUGAGCACAAAUGUCUGUGACAUAAUUCAACUGUCGUUUCAACUGAGCACUGUGAAAACACCCUAUAAUUCAAACUUUAAAUAAAGAAUUUGAUCACGCCUUGGCAAUAAUAAUUAAAGAUAGCUUUUUCUUUUGUGGAAGGUUUAUUCUUGUGGUAAUGUUUCGAAUGUAGGUUCGUGGGGUUUAUGUACUAAUGGUAUUAUGUAUAUAUAAGAUAAUAUACUUUUUUACUUGUAUUUUUAAUUCUUAUCUCGUAUUUUUCACUUAUGUAUGAUAGUAUGCAUCGUUUGGAUUAUUAAUUAGGUAGGAAUGUAAAAACAGGACGAAAUGAUUUUGUAUUCUAGACCUUUUUUAACCGCCUAGAUUAAAAGGAAAAGAUGCAUCAGUCGAAUUUUGCUCACAUAUCUAUAGAAUUUAAUGUAUAUAUCAAACUUAAUUUACCCGGAUCGAAAUUAUUUAAGUGGUGUACAUUAAAAAAAUAUUUAGUUUACGCACGUUUUUGUACGAAUGAUGUAGUGUUAUUCAGGAUAAAAUGACCUAUCUGUUUCA